AAAACGGACAGCCCAGUCACAUCGCCAAAGCGCCAUGAAGCGUCCGGCCGCGAAAGCUGCCGCGGAGCCCAAGCGGAAGGCCCCGAAGCCGCCGGAGUUCUGGGACUUUGAGACGAAUCCGUCAACGUGGCUCGGCGGCCAUGGAAACUCUGCGACAGACCGCACGAAGCACAAAGCCAAGGAGCUGACGAAGGACGUUGCUGCUGGCGAGCAGAUGUUCAAGGCUUGUCCUGGAAAUAUACAGUGCGUGGUUCUGUCCAGAGGGGUUUUUGUCACACCUGGAGAGAAGGUGACGAUUGAGGUAACCUUGACAGCCAAGUUGAAGUACUGUGACUUCUACGUGGGCCUACUGGGGCAUCGUGGCCUUGGCACCUAUGACACAGAGGUCCACUUUGCGCUCUGCGGCGGCGGGCGCAGCGGAGUUUGCCAGAAGUUCAAAGACGCGGAGUUUGGCAGCAAGUUCGGCGGCAGCUUUCCGAGCAUCAACGUCGGAGAUGUAGUCCGGAUGUCCCUCUCGAUCGAUGAAACGGAGGAUGUCUUGCAGUAUUGGAUCAACGACGAGGAGGUGACCGAGCAGGACAUCGUGCAGACCGUCAGUGAGGUUCGAAGCAAAGCCUCUCGCAGUGGUCCUUGGCGCGGUUGGAGGCUCUUCAUCGGCCUCGCGGGCGCCACAUGCAGCGUGAAGGUUCUGUGAGGCUCGGAUCCACUCGAUGCUCAUGGCGGAAGUAGCCCAUCGAUUCGAAGAAAAGUGAAAGGAGAGCGCAAC